CUACUUCAUAUCUUUAACUCUCCAAAAUGACAGCCAUGAUACCUCACGUCUCCAACUGGGUCAAUGGCACCCACACCACCGCAACCACACCCCGUAUCCCCGUCAUCAACCCAGCCACCGAGCUCCCUAUCGCAACCAUCGACUCCACCCCCAAAGAAACCGUUAAUCAAAUCAUCACCUUAUCCCUGAAAACCUUCAACGAUGGCUCCUGGUCCCGCGCUGAUCAAUCCACACGCUUCACGGUCCUUUCGACCGCAGCCCGUCUCCUCCGCUCCCGUCUCCCAGAAUUCAUCGAACUGGAAACUCGCCAAACCGGCCGUCCCAUCCGCGAGAUGCGCGCCCAGCUAGCUCGCAUCCCUGAAUGGCUCGAGUACUUUGCCUCCGUAGUACGCGUGCACGAAGGCCGAGUAACUCCCUUCAAGGGACCAGUCGUGAACACCCUGACACGGCUACCGCUCGGCGUGGUGGCACUGAUCACACCAUACAACCACCCGCUUCUCAUCGCCAUGAAGAAGAUCGGGGCUGCACUGGCAGGUGGGAACGUGGUCAUAGUGAAAGCAUCAGAACUAGCACCUCUGUCUGUGCUGAGGCUGGGUGCAUUGUUCAAAGAGGCGGGCUUACCCGAUGGCGUGUUGCAGAUAAUCAGCGGAUACGGAUACGAGACGGGGAAGUAUCUGUGUGAGAGUCCGUUGCUGGCGAAGAUAGACUUGACUGGUGGACUAGCAACAUACAGGGCUAUUGCACCGUCUGCAUCGGCGAAUCUCAUCCCCAUAACGGCUGAACUAGGCGGAAAGGCACCUGUGUGCUUGUUCCCGGGCGUUGGGAUCGAGGAUGCGGUUAAGGCAGCGCUGUUUGCGAGCUUCAUUGCUAGUGGACAGACAUGUGUUACGGGGAGUAGGCUGCUUGUUCAUACGGAUAUCUAUGACGAGUUCACGGCGUUGCUGAAGAAACGGGUUGAGAAGUUACGGCUGGGCAAUCCCCUUGACGACACGACGCAGAUCGGAACGGUUAUAUCUAAGGCAGCGGUGGAAAGAUGCGCUGCGUUUGUGGAGAGAGCUGUGCGGGAGGGUGGAAAGGUCCUCUGUGGUGGACAUGCGACUACCAAUCCUUCCUCUGGAAAAGGGUACUACUUCGAGCCGACGGUCAUUGAGACGCGUCCACAGACGGACCUGGAAUGUAACGAGGUGUUUGGACCGGUCAUUGCGCUGAUCAGGUGCCAGUCGGAGGAGGAUGUCAUUCGCAUUGCCAAUGCAUCUUCGUUGGCGCUGGGGGCUUCAAUCUGGACGACUAAUUUCUACCAGGCACAUCGAGUGGCGGACAAGAUUGAGGCAGGGAUUGUGUGGAUUAAUGGACAUCAUUUGAAUGAUCCGUCGUCGCCGUGGGGUGGAUUCAAACAGAGUGGAAUGGGGAAGGAGAAUGGUUUGGAGGCGUAUGAAAGCUAUACAAAGGUUAAGAGUACGAUUAUCAAUUAUGGAGUGCCCCCGGUUUGGUUCGAUGAUGAGCCUGUGAAUGCUCGCUAUGGAUAGUACAGGUGUGUGGAAACUAGAUUGGUUUGUUAGACAAGAAGAGGAUGUUGGCUUACAUUCUGUCCCUAAUGACUAUUAUUGUUCCA